AAAAUCACCCUUCAGUCAUAUUAUAGCUCAGAAAUAUAUUUAAACGAUAAAAGAAUAUUAUUACAUCCAUGAAUGAAUGAUAGAACAGAUUUUAGUUUUUAAAAUUCUAUUGAGAAAGUAAGUCAGUCGAAACUAAUUUGUAUUUAAAAAUAACUGGAACGUUGAAAAAUAAUGUCAGGGAUAAAAAGCGCACUCUAUAUUGUCAUAUGUUUAGAGAAAAUCACAUCAUCGUCACCAAAGACGACAAUGAAUUAAAAACAAUAUCGUAAACAAUCUUUAAAUACAAACUAUUACACUGCACAAUUAUUCUAACAAAAAAUAAGUAUAUCGAAAAUUAAAUUUUAAUAAAAAACGAAAUGAACAUUAACAGUGUUUUGUUAUAGUUUAACGAAAUCUAUGGAUCCUUAACAGAGUUUCGAUGAAUAAUUGGAAAAUAAGAAAGAAAUCGUUUGUUUAUCAAAUCAAAAAAUUGGAAAGAAUCGAUGGCUAGUCGAUUUUUUCCGUGGCUAGCCUUAAUUCUUGUUCACCCCUGUCGUUCAGGUGGCAGAAUCGGUAAACAGAAAAAUGAAGUUAACUUCGCGUUACAGGGUUGACGGGGAUAAGGGAACGUGUUCAACGUAACUCGCUAGGGUGGACGGAUACAUUUUCCGCUACUUAACGGAUUUCAUGCUCAAGUAUCAAAGAGAUCUCGUCCUUGCUCUAAUCAGCAUAGUUUAUUUAUAGAAAGAGACAUUGGUUUUGAAAAUUUUCUUAGAAUCGUUGCGUUUUCGCAUACCCCAUGACAGACGUACAUAAAGUGGACAAAAUUAAAGGGUUAACGAUUGAACUUGGAUGACAGAAGUAGGGACCGUGACACAGUAUAUCCAGUAGCGCAACUCUAAAACUUAUGAAGCCAAGAAAUGAGUACGCAUGCGCGGAAUCAGCGAGUGUGGCAUCGCUGAGCGUUUCCGCUUCCGGCGCUCGAUUUUAAAUUGUUUAUAAUUCUAUUUAAUCGUUCUGAUUUUCAAUUGUUCUUCCUCCUCCGGCAUUGAACGAAGCCGUGAGAUUUUUGAAUCGCACCCUUGUACUGUUUCUCCUAAAGUCGUUUAGUUUACGCGUGGACGUUUUAGUGUUAAUCCUAUUUUAGUUAUUUGUUCAAACUGUUUGUAAGCCUAGUUAUUAGUGUGUCGCGUUUGGACGUCGUCGCCUUCUUGGCCGUUUUGACUUUUGUGUUUCGUUAUUGUUCUUUGUAUUAUACGUGUUGUGAAAACUCUAAUAGUUGUUUUAACCCUUUGACUGAUCCGAGAACUCUGAGAUACUGCCGUGUACGAAUUAUAUGCGUGUAGUGAGGUGAAGGUAAAAGGAACACGCCUUUACUGACAGUGGAAAUCUUACCAACCACACAAUCUGCAUUAUCACCCCACACGAGUAAAUAUACUAACGUCGUCUGAACUCUUUUCUCAUUUACUCCUUCAUUUUUUACACUCUCUCUCUUUCUCAGCAUUUGUUUUUUUAAAAACCUCUAUCAUAUAUGUAUACUUAUAAUUUUUUUUAUUAUUAUUUCCUUAGGAUUGAACAUUCUAUACAAUGAUAAGGCUAAUACAACCAAAUCAAAUCAAGAAUAGCAGAGAAAAAUAAAGUUAUAUAAAAAACAAUGUUGCACUUUUUAAAAGAGAAAAAAGUUUAAAUGACGAUACUAAAUUUACUCGCUGACUUCGCGCAUGCGUACUCAUUUUAGGCUUCACAUACAUCAAAGGUACCGACAGAGAGUUGCACUACUGGAUAUACUGUGGGUGUGACGUUUAUAAGUGCAUGACAGAAUUCGCUAUGUGUCUAUCCUUUAUCGGCUUAUCUCCCAUCAUUACAUCUGAUCAGAUGACUCUUAUCGCGUUAUCGCAACAACGCUUACUGUACGAGAUCCUAAUCAGGAAAAUCAAGUGAUAUGAAAUCGAAGAAUCGCAAUUUAGAAGCAUUACUGCAAAAGCCGAAACGUGUACUCGCGAAAAAACAUAAGUCUAAAUUCCUAAUGUCACUUCCGCCAGAUGAACGACUCAAGUUAGAGACAGUACUGGCUGUUAACCAUCGACGAAUGGCGGAGGCACGUCAGCAGGCACUGUUGAGGGAACCACCGGAAAUAUCGUGGGAGAACACAUUGGGAGCACCAAACGGUGUACCCUUCGAUGACGACACCAAGGAACUGUUGAGAAAAUGCAUCGACGUUUCAACACCGACACCCACGACCCUUCCACAAAUCAUCAAACGAAGCGAAGCUUUCCCUAUCAAAUUUCCAGUUAACACCAUUAGAUGUUCUGCAUUGAGAGACAGAGGAAUUAGCACCGACAUACUCGAGAUGAACGCGAAUUCCGUGUAUCCCCUUAUACACGAGGCGAUGUUACCAUUAAUCGCUCGGUGGUUGAAGCACAAACGAAACUACGGCAGUGCUAUAGAAAGAGCGAUGUAUCAGGAUAUGGGAUUGAUACAAUUCAUUCAUAGAUUGCUAGAAAAACGAGCCGUGCAUUUCUUUGGAUCUGAGGAUCGAUGGAAAUUGAUCGAUGGUAAAACAGGUGUCGAUGGAUGGGAGAACGUUGGUACGGACAAUGAGAAGGAACCGCUGGUGUUAACGAAAUGUUUGUCAUACGAUGAAAUUAAACUGUCCGCAAUGUUGGCGAUGUCUUCUCACACUGAAUUCAUAAACGACGGCUCGCGAGACAAUAGAGGCAUCGUGACUAACGAUCCAGACUCUGUACAGCCGAGAGGAGUGAUUAUAGGUGUCGUGGGAACAAGAUUUGAGCGACCUCGUGUGAUGGAGUACCAAGACAUACUUAUUACUCCUUUGCAAAACACAGUGGAUAAUGGAUAUGGGCCCACUGCAAACUCGAACUCGGAGGAGGCGCACGAUUUGAGGAUUACAUGGGCAAAUUUUUACAGCGAAAACUAUCAUCCAGUGUACGAAGAAACCGUAAAACGGGUUAAAUCGAAAGAUAAUAAAAGAUACCUUUCGUUGACCAGCCAGACUAUCUUUGAUAUCGAGAGUUACAUGAAAAGAAUAUUGGUAACUGUGGAAAUUAUACUGCUCGAAGCGAAUAGUCGAGCUGAAAAGCAGAACACGACUGCAUUUUUGCAUGUUGUAGGCUUCGGUCUCGGUGUGUGGAGAGUACUUCAGGAUCAAGAAAUAUACUUUCUAAAAACAUUCGAGAUCGCUAUAAAAAAGAUGAACAAGAAACUUAGAUACGUGUCGGACAUAAUGUUCGGAUAUUUCCAUCAGACGAAAUGCGGCGACGCAGGAAACGGCGACUAUCUCGGAGAUAUAAGGAUUCACUUCGCAAUCAGGGAACCUCACAGCAAAUUGUUCCGAGCAACCGAUGCUAACAAGCUUCUCGUAGUGACGUACGCUUGGGAUGGAAAUGCGCUACCAGGAAACGAAUUCUGGAGCGGACAUUUAUCAUCGAGCGGCGAUCCUGCGGCAGCUUGCAGUACUCAGAUCGCAGAAUUGCACACUGCCAGAAUAAAUCCUCGAGCUUGCGGUGCUAGUUUGCACGUCGCGUCGGCUGAGCACGGUAUUGUGCACAUAUCUGAUUACGCGAAGCUACAUCUUGCUUAGCAGGAGAAGGCCUGCCCAAUGGGCACCGGUCAGCGCAGACCAUCUCGCUCUCCUCGCAGUCAAAGAAGUCGUAGCGCGGACGUAGAUUGUUUG